UAAUUACAUUUUCAAAUGAAGGGUUAAAAAAAGAGAUAAGCCUGGGAUUUCUAAUUCGGGGGCCACGGGACUUCUCCCCUCCAAGUGCAAGUUGUAGCAAUCUGCCGGGUACACGCAUGGGCGGGUCAUACUCCACGGGUUCCGGUUUCCACUCCCCGUGAACCAAAAGCCAAAGAGGCUCACGCACGAGCCCGGAAGUGAGGGAAGGAAGACUUUCGUUCGCAGCCACCUCCCAGCUGGAACCUCAUCCUUAGUGCUCGACCCCGGGCGGUGUUAACUCGGGGUUCCGCCUCGGAAUGCCUCCCACUUCUCUCGUCUAAGAGGAGUAGUAGCAACCUGAGCUCAGAGAGAAGCUAGCGAGCCAAAGACUCUCAGUGGGGAUGCCCAGACGGUGCAUUCCCCACGCCCCUCGGAACCGACUCUCAUUGCUGCUGCUGCAAAAGCGACCGGUCGUGCGCCACCCGCCCGACUGAGGCUGCGCAAGCCCGGGGGUCUGGGUGGGGUGGUCCUCGUGCGCGCCGCGUCGCCGUGGAGACAAGGGCGGGCCCGGCGCGAGACUGGCGUCUAGAGGCGCGCGAAGCGCUGAGGCUGGCGUGGGCCGCGCGGGAGUUACGAAGCAGGUCCCGGACCGCCCUCUCCCGCCGGGUUUUCUCCCAGCGUCAGGCCCGAUGGCUCGGCUUCCCCAGUUAGAAGGGGAAGAUAAAAUACUUUGAUUCAAGAAGAAUCUGCUCACUGUGAAGUGUAUAUCAAGCCACAAUUUCCAUCAAAAAGUGAUUAAGCAGAGGAUGGAGAAGAAGGUUGAUUCCAGGUAUUUUAGGGAUGGUGCAGUUAAGAAACCUUAUUCUGCAAAGACACUGUCCAACAAGAAGUCUUCUGCAUCCUUUGGGAUCCGGAGGGAGUUACCUAGUACCAGUCACCUAGUGCAGUAUCGUGGCACACAUUCUUGUACCCGACAGGGCCGGUUAAGAGAACUGCGCAUCAGAUGCGUGGCCAGAAAGUUCUUAUAUUUAUGGAUUCGAAUGACUUUUGGAAGAGUAUUUCCCUCUAAAGCCAGAUUUUACUAUGAGCAGCAAUUACUACGGAAGGUCUUCGAAGAAUGGAAAGAAGAGUGGUGGGUUUUCCAUCAUGAGUGGAAACUCUGUGUUCGAGCUGACUGUCACUACAGGUAUUACCUGUAUAACCUGAUGUUCCAGACCUGGAAGACCUACGUGCGUCAGCAGCAGGAGAUGAGGAACAAGUACACUAGAGCCGAGGUUCAUGAUGCAAAGCAAAAGAUGCGACAGGCCUGGAAGUCCUGGUUGAUCUACGUGGUUGUUCGUAGGACCAAACUUCAGAUGCAGACUACGGCUCUGGAGUUUAGGCAACGGAGUAUCUUAAGGGUGUGGUGGAGCAUGUGGAGGCAGCAACUAGGACAGGUCCGUGUGAGCCGUGCCCUCCAUGCCUCUGCUGUGAAGCACAGGGCCCUGAGCCUCCAGCUGCAGGCUUGGUCACAGUGGCGGGAACAGCUCCUGUAUGUCCAGAAGGAGAAACAGAAGGUCGUCUCCGCGGUGAAACACCAUCGGCACUGGCAAAAACAGAGAUUUCUGAAGGCCUGGCUUGAAUACCUGCAAGUUCGCAGAGUGAAGAGACAGCAGAAUGAGAUGGCUGAGCGAUUCCAUCAUGUCACCGUGCUCCAGAUACACUUCUGUGACUGGCAGCAGGCCUGGGAGCAGAGGCAGAGCUUGUAUGCCUACCAUGCCCAGGUGGAGAAACUGGCCAGGAAGAUGGCCCUGCGGCGCACCUUUACUCACUGGAAACACUAUAUGCUGCUGUGUGCAGAAGAAGCUGCCCAGUGUGAGAUGGCAGAAGAGCACCACAGGCACAGCCAGCUGUAUUUUGGCUUUAGAGCCCUAAAAGACAAUGUGACCCACGCCCAUCUCCAGCAAAUAAGAAGGAAUCUCGCUCACCGGCAGCAUGGUGUCACGCUGCUGCACAGGUUCUGGAACCUCUGGCAGUCUCAGAUUGAGGAGAAAAAGGAAAGAGAGCAGCUGCCCUUACUGCAUGCUGCCUGGGACCACUACAGGAUAGCACUGCUGUGCAAGUGUAUCAAAUUGUGGCUACAGUAUACCCAGAAGAGGCGGUACAAGCAGCGGCUACAGGCCAGAGCGGAUGGUCAUUUCCAGCAGAGAACCCUGCCUGCUGCCUUCCACACGUGGAAGAGACUCUGGCGAUGGCGCCAGCAGGACAAUGUCCUCAAUGCAAGAGCAACACGUUUCCACAGGGAGACAUUAGAGAAGCAAGUAUUUUCUAUCUGGAGGCAGAAGACGUUUCAGCAUCAAGAAAACCGCCUGGCAGAGAGAAUGGCCAUCCUCCACGCAGAGCGACAGCUUCUGCAUAGGUCUUGGUUCACGUGGCACCAGCAGGCAGCAGCACGUCACCAGGAGCAGGAGUGGCAAACAGCGGCCUGUGCUCACCACCGCCAUGGGCGGCUCAAGAAAGCUUUCUGCCUCUGGAGGGAAAGUGCCCAAGGGCUCAGAGCAGAGAGGACGGGCAGGGUGCGGGCAGCAGAAUUCCACGUGGCCCAGCUCCUGCGCCGGGCCUGGAGCCAGUGGAGGGAGUGCCUGGCCGUGCGGGGGGCGGAGCGGCGGAAGCUGAUGCGAGCAGAUGGGCACCACCAGCAGAGAGUGCGGCACAGGGCGCUGCAGGCGUGGGCGACUUACCAGGGCAGGGUACGGAGCAUCCUCCAGGAGGUGGCAGCCAGAGAGAGCCAGCACAACAGGCAGCUGCUGCGAGGGGCAUUGCGUCGCUGGAAAGAGAACACCAUGGCCCGAGUGGAUGAAGCCAAAAAAACCUUUCAAGCAAGUGCUCAUUACAGAAGGACCAUAUGUUCCAAGGUCCUGGUCCAGUGGCGGGAAGCUGUGUCAGUGCAGAUAUAUUACCGACAGCAGGAGGACUCUGCCAUCUGGGAGGCCCGGAAGAUGCUGGACAGGGGCUGUCUGCGGACCUGGUUUCAGCGCUGGCGGGACUGCAGCCGGAGGUCAGCCCAGCAGAGGCUGCAGCUGGGGAGGGCAGUCCAACACCACCGCCGACAGCUGCUGCUGGAGGGGCUGGCCCGGUGGAAGAUGCACCAUCUGCAAUGUGUCAGGAAGAGGCUCCUGCACAGGCAGAGUACCCAACUGCUGGCACAGAGACUCAACCGGACCUGCUUCCGCCAGUGGAGACAACAGCUGGCAGCCAGGAGGCAGGAGCAGCAGGCGACAGUGCGGGCCCUGUGGUUCUGGGCCUUUUCGCUGCAGGCAAAGGUGUGGGCCACGUGGCUGGCCUUUGUACUGGAAAGGAGGAGGAAGAAGGCGCGGCUGCAGCGCGCGCUCCAGGCCUACCAGGGGCAGCUCCUCCAGGAGGGUGCCACACGGCUCCUGCGCUUUGCAGCCAGCAUGAAGGCCUCUCGGCAGCAGCUGCAGGCCCAGCAGCAGGUCCAGGCUGCUCACAGUCUCCAUCGUGCCGUCCGCCGCUGUGCCACGCUCUGGAAACAGAAAGUGCUGGGCCAGGGCGGGAAGCCUCAGCCCCUGGCAGCCGUCGCACCCAGCAGGAAGGUGACGUUUGAGGAUCCCCUUCUCAACCGCAUUGCCGCUGGGGCUGGGGAUGCCACCGUGGGGACCAAGAGGCCACAGGCUCCUCUGCUUCAGGGAGCUCUGGGCCGCCUGGCUGCUGAGGAGCCCCACGCCCGGGAACUCAACACUGCCCACUCAGCGAGGAAGCAGCCGCGACGCCCACACUUCCUGCUGGAGCCUGCGCAGAGCCAGAGGCCUCAGAAGCCCAAGGAACAUGGCCUAGGUAUGGCUCAGCCAGCAGGCCCCUCCCUGACGCGGCCCUUCCUGGCAGAGGCCCCGACAGCACAAGUCCCACACAGCCCCGUGCCUGGGGCCCUGUCAAGCGCCCCUGGCCCAAAGCAGAUCCCGACGGCAAGCACAGGCCCGGAGCUGCUGCUGCUGCCUCCUUCCUCCUUCAUGCCCUGCGGGGCAGCUGCACCAGCCAGGGCGUCAGCACAGCCGGCUACUCCUAGGGAUAAGCCCCAGGUCCCCCCAUCCCUGGCCAGUGUCCCUGACCCCCAUCUACUCCUUCCUGGGGACUUCUCAGCCACCAGGGCUGGGCCUGGGCUUUCAACUGCAGGCAGCCUGGACCUUGAGGCUGAACUUGAGGGGAUCCAGCAGCAAGUACUGCACUACCAGACCACCAAGCAGAACCUCCGGUCCUGUCAGCGGCAAGCGAGCAGCCUGCGCAGGUGGCUGGAGCUGAGCAGAGAGGAGCCUGGACCCGAGGACCAGGAAGUAGAGCAGCAGGUGCAGAAAGAGCUGCAAGAGGUGGAACUGCAGAUCCAGCAGCUGGCAGAGGAGCUCCAGGCUCAGCGCCAGCCCAUUGGCACCUGCAUUGCUCGCAUCCAGGCCCUGCGGCAGGCCCUGUGCUAGCGUGUUUGCCCCAGGGAUGCAGGUGCUGGGCUGUCGGGGAGGCCUCAGGCCACCUCCAGGAACAGAACACAAAGUUAUAAGUUUUAUUUUUUUAUUUCAAAAUGUUUUGCCAUUAAAUGAAUUACUGUUCA